AUGUCAUCAAUCCUGAUUGGUUGUCAACAUUUCACAGCCAGACACACAGCUGUUGAAAUGUCUUCUCUCCUUAUAGAGCAGGUGAAUAAAUGGGGAUUAGUUAAUAAAAUAACUAUGAUUGUUAGUGAUAAUAUGGUGGCAGCUGUUCGAUUAUGCCAGUGGAGGCAUUUUCCAUGUUUUGCUCAUAGCAUCAAUUUAAUAGUACAAUCUGCGCUAGAGGAAGUGAAACCAAUAUUAGGUAAAGUAAAGGCCAUUGUGAAAUAUUUCAAACGCAGUACUCACGCAUUGUCUCGUCUAAAUGAUAUUCAGAAACAAGGUGGUUAUUCUGUUUUGAAGUUAAAGCAAAACUAUCCUACCCGGUGGAAUUCCACAUUUGAUAUGAGUAGGAAUAAAAAGAGAGUUCUGGAAUCUCAACCUGCUGGCUCAUCCCUAUACCCGUCUGCUCAACCCACUACACCGUCUGCUCAACCCAUGGGUUGA